AAUAGUGAUUAGAAAACCUUGAAGUCUGCCCAACGAUCGUGGGCAGGAGGCGGUUUCUCAUUUGUUGGGGCGUGUGUGUGUUUGGGGGGACUGGGGUACGUGGGGGGCGAAACAGAACCGGCCAUGGCAGCUGCGGAGGAGGAGGACGGGGGCCCUGAAGGGCCAAACCGCGAGCGGGGCGGGGCGGGCGCGACCUUCGAAUGUAAUAUAUGUUUGGAGACCGCUCGGGAAGCUGUGGUCAGUGUGUGUGGCCACCUGUAUUGCUGGCCCUGUCUUCAUCAGUGGCUGGAGACACGACCAGACCGGCAAGAAUGUCCUGUGUGUAAAGCUGGCAUCAGCAGAGAUAAAGUUGUCCCUCUUUAUGGACGAGGGAGCCAGAAGCCCCAGGAUCCCAGAUUGAAAACUCCACCCCGCCCCCAGGGCCAGCGACCAGCUCCAGAGAGUAGAGGGGGAUUCCAGCCAUUUGGUGAUACCGGGGGUUUUCACUUCUCAUUUGGUGUUGGUGCUUUUCCCUUUGGCUUUUUCACCACUGUCUUCAAUACCCACGAGCCUUUCCGCAGGGGUGCAGGUGUGGAUCUGGGACAGGGUCACCCGGCCUCCAGCUGGCAGGAUUCCCUCUUCCUAUUUCUUGCCAUCUUCUUCUUUUUCUGGCUGCUCAGUAUUUGAGCUAUAUCUCCUUCCUGCCCAUCUCCAACAAGAGGAGAAUCAGUAUUGGGGGUUCCUGCAGACCCUUCCUUAUUCUGGACACCCCCUCCAUGACCCCUCCAUUUUUGUUGGCUAACUUAGCCAACCCUAGCCACUCUUCUGAAGGGCAUGGGGAGGAGACACAUCUGUGCAUAGGAUGGGAGAGCCCGCUGCUCUGAAUUCUUGCUGGGUAACUCCCAGUUCUGGGGAAGGACAGACUGAAGACAGUGUCCAUUUCUCUCCUCUCCUAAUCCUUUGCUUUCCCCCAAUUUCGUGAUUUGAUGUUGAAAGGUGGGCAAGGCUUACUCUGCUCUCCCCCACUCCUCCUCUUGUCGAUUUAAUUUAAUUUUCCUCUCCCCCGUGUUUAAUAUGGGUCUGACUCUAAUUAACUCCCCACCCCUCACUACCUCCUUUAUUAUAAAUUCAAUAAAAAAGGUGAAAUGUA